AUGGACGAUUCGUGCGCGCGCCGCGGCCACACGUCCGUCUACGACGCGCGGCGCGAACAGCUCGUCGUCUUCGGCGGCGUGGCCUCGUACGACGCGACCGUGGGCGGAGACGGCGACGACGUGUUCGUCGCCGACGCCUCGAAGCUCCGGAUCUACGACGUCGGCGCUCAUUCGCUCUCCCUCGACGCGACGCCGGCCUCCGGCGAGGCGCCCGGGCCGCGGCGCGCGCACGUCGCGUACGCCGUGGACGACGCGAUGGUGAUCUACGGGGGCUACACGUGGCGGGUCGGGGGCGCGGACGGCGUGUCGCCCGACGACGUCUGCGCCGUGAUCCUCGAGCAGAGCACGCCCCACGUGCUCGACCUCGCGACGCGGACGUGGUCGCGGCUCGCGUCGGGCGCGCCGGACGCGAGCCGCGGCGUCCGGGGCCUGGCGUCGACCCCGGGCGCGCUCGGCGACAUGCAGUGGCGCGCGUUCCGGGGCGUCGCGCUCGCCGCCUGCGCGGCGGCGCGCGGCGCGGCGUUCGUCGUCGGCGGCGUGUCCGCGGCGCUCGGCCUCGCGGGCGGCGUCCACGCGCUCCGCGUCGACCGCGGCGGCGGCGGCGGCUGGCGCGAGCGGUGGACGAUGCUCGAGGGGGGCUUCGAGGGCACGGCCUGGACGCCGCGCUUCGGCUGCGGCGCGGCCUGCCUCGACGACCGCUUCGUCGUCGUCUUCGGCGGCACGGUCGCGGGCGAGCUCGACGGCGAGCUCGACGCGGGGCCGCGGAAUCUGGACGACGUCCUCGUCUUCGACGCGGCGGCGACGGCGCUCCCGGACGCGCCGCCCGGCCGCCGCGCGCCGCCGGGCCGCGCCGCGUGGCUCGCGUGCGACCGGGGCUCGCUCGAGCGGCCCGCGGCGCGCAACUGCGCGUCGCUGACGGCGCUGGCGUCGGUCUCGGGCGAGCGGGUCGCCGUGCUCUUCGGCGGCGGCGUCUUCGGCGAGGCGUACUUCGACGACUGCUACGUGCUGCGGCUCCUCGACGCGCCGGAGGGCGCCGAGCGGCGGCCGGUCGCGAGCCUCGCGAGUUUGGCCGAGCGGCGUCUCGCGGAGCACCUCGACGCGUCGAACGUCGCGCACCUCUUGGCUUUUGCCCACGAUCGGGGCUGCGCCGGCCUCAAGCGGUCCUGCCUCGAGUUCCUCCAGCGGAGCUACAACCCGCUCUUCCAGGACGCGGGCGGCGACUCGGAGCCGCUCCCGCUCCCGCGCGGCGACGCCGCCGCCCUCGAGGACGCGCUCCCGGGCUACGGCGCCGCGGCCGCGACGCCGUCCCUCGCUCGCGAGCUCCGCCGCGCGCUCGACGGGAUCUAA